AUGACACUAUGUAGAAACCUGCGACUAGUGGGUGCUCUUGUUAAUACAACUACUGGAGUUUCUCUUGUACAAAGCACAGUGCAUAUGCGUAUACAUGCAUUUAGCAGCGUGUCUAAUACCAGCCAGUUGAAUGCUACAACUCAGUCCUCUUGGUGGGCUGGACUGGCCUCAUGGUCCACCAAACGUUCCGACUCAUUGCACCAUCGUCAUAUGAAUCGAUUUGUAUUACCUUCUGAGAUGGAUCAAGCUGAACUAGAACUCUCUCAUAUGUCUUCUGGCUUUAGAAUUUUACCUCCAUUGCAUGAUUUUGGUCGUCUAAACACUUAUUCCAACCUGCUUCAACAGAGUUCUGCUAUUGACGAUAAAAAUCCACCAACUCAUCCAAUCACUACUACUCAGCAUCAUACUCUACCACCUUCUAUACUAUCCAAGAGUAUUUUUCCUGCCAACACUUUUUCACGCCAUUUACCAGUAUCUAAUAUCAGUGUCACUCCACAUGCAUAUGCAUCUGGUCUUUUCAACCCAAUGACACCCUUUGAAACCCAUCAACAUACAAACCACACAAAUGGUCAUGAUUCGUCACAGUUUUACAAAUCUUCUGUUUCUCACCAUAAAUACGACUUGGAUAUAUUCUAUCUUAAUGCUGGAAAAGCUACGCAGGUUAUUCGAGACGAGCUUCCCUAUUUUUUUGAGCAGGGUCUUACCCAUCCAGAGAUAUACGCUGACGAUAUUGUAUUUACUGAUCCCCAUUAUUCCCAUUUUUCAAGUCAAGGAAUCAAAUAUUAUCGAUCGGUUGCUGAAUUUGUGCGCAUGUCGGCCAAAUGCUGUUUUGAAGAAACGUCAUUUGAGAUCAUGAGCAUUCGACAAGUACAUUCAAGCGACUACAACACGUUGACUAGACCAAAUGGACAUUCCAAUGACGAUACGGGUGGUUUAUCUGACGGAAACUCUGCUCCAGACUCUACUUUUCCCAACCAUGAUCGACCCUCGUCUCCUGAUACUGCAACCACAUAUCUUCACAAAGAGCUGGACUCAUCUCAAGUUCGCUUGAUUGUGAAGUGGUCAUUUGAAGGUCGUCCACGAUUACUGAAUCUUGUCAAUGUAACAAAGGUUGAAUACCAAGGAGUGUUUGAGUAUUUAUUUGAUUCAAAAGGUCGAAUAUGUGAGCAUCGUCUGGUGGGUAUUUAUCCUGCACCACAUAUUUUAGGCGCACUCAAAUGGUUUAGAAAACCGGCUGUCGGAGUAGCUUGA